GCCACGGGCCGUUGGAGCCGCAGCCGAGCCGCCAGCCACUUGGAACGAGCUCGCCGCCGCCCCCGGAGCCGCCGAGGCCAGCUGGGCGGCGCUGCCCCGCGGCGGGAGAGAGGAGGCUGCAGGAGAGAGGAGGCGGCGGCCGGCCAGCCCGCGGCGCGGCUCGGGGCGUACCGUCUCGCGGCCCGGGAGCCACGCGAGCUUCGCGCCCGCACGCACGAGCCGCGACUCGCGCCUCCCUCGGCCUCCGGCCUCUCCGCCCCCACCCCCGCCCCCGCCCCCUGGCCAGGGCCGCGCGGCGGCGGCGGCGGCGGCGGCGGCGGCGGCCAGAGGAGCAGCAUGAAUCUGCGGCUCUGCGUGCAGGCGCUCCUGCUGCUCUGGCUCUCCUUGAGCGCGGUGUGUGGAGGGCCCCUGCUGCAGACUUCUGACGGGAAGGGGAUGGAGGAAGGCACCAUCCGCCACCUGGUGCAGCCCAGAGGGCCGAGGAGCGGCCCAGGGCCCUGGCAGGGAGGUCGGAGGAAGUUCCGCCGCCAGCGGCCGCGCCUCUCCCAUAAGGGCCCCAUGCCUUUCUGAAGCAGGACUGAAGGGGCCACCACGUGUCCGCCCCCCGUGAUUCUCUCUACCCCUCCGUCGAUCGGCCUGCUUCUCUGGAGCCCUCCCAUCCGUUCGCCUCAUCUGGCCCCUGUUCUAGCUGCUGACGGUCCGGCUCUUCUCCCCCACCAGCCUCCCCGAAUGGAUUGGCGUGCUCCUGCCCCUAGCAAGGACCCAUUCAGUGCCCCCUCGUGACUUGGGAGACCCUGCACUGGAAGGCCGUCCUUCCUCUCCGCAGCCCUCCCUCUGCUCUAGUCCCUACCUCUUGUGUCCAAUACCCUAACAUCGAACCCUUCUCUGGGCCCUUCCUGCCUCAGGUAUGCCCUGGGGGCUGGGUGGAACCCGCCCUUCUUUAAUGGGCUCCAGCAGAUUCCACGGUUUCGCAUCAGCACUUCCCCCCCAGGCCUCCAGAGGGGCAUAGAGAGCGGAGCAAUGAGAGACUCCAGUGAGAGGGACGGGGUCAUUGGGAUGCAGACAGGGUGCCUUGGGGGCAUGGGAACGGGGGCUUGGCGAUCUGGCGAAGGGGGAGUGAAGCAGCGGAGAAGAGGAGGAAUAGCUACUGUGGCCUCUUCCUCAUCCCCAUGUUUGGCCCGGUUGAGGAAGAGGUGAAGGAGAGGGGCCGCGAAGUACUUUGUCACUUCUCUCGCCUCACUGUGCCGCCUAGCAGUCCCUCCCACUCACUCCCGCCCCCGCCCCCCCCAGUUGGUUCAAGCUCCAACUCAGGAGGGGAGGGUAUGCGCCUCAGGUGGCUCUGUACCCUCCCAGGAGCAAAAGCCAACUAGGAUGAUUGGUUUUGCCAAGAAUCACAGACGAUCAGAGCCAAAAGGAACUUGGAGUUCACUUAGCGCCACCUCCUUAUGCAAACUCCUGCAGAAACGGAGGCUCGGAGAGGGAUGGUGACCUGCCCAGUGCCACUGCAGAGCCAGCACGAGGGCCCAGGUCUCCGAACUCCCACAUGAUGAUGCCCUCUUCUUGACGAUGUCUUCCAAACCCAUUAAGUGCCUUUUCCCGGGGUUGGGGCUGGGGGUGGCCAGGAAGGGAGAGGGGGCCGGCUGUGAACUGCCCCAUGGUGGGACGGAGCUGUUCCCUCCUCCCUGGCCUGCCCCUUCUGGUCCAUUCCCCAACCCGGCCUGGAAAGUUCCGUGACUGGCCAGCUGCCCCAAUUCCUUGCAGCACUCCCAGACCCUGGGUAUUUUCAUAGGGGCAGCUCGGGCACCGAGACUACCAGGAAUCAGGAGGUGGCCUUAACCAAUUGGACUCAAUGGCUUUCCCUUCACGUUGACUGGACCUUCUUCUCCCAGUGGCCUUUCCCUGAGGAGGCAGGGAGUGGGGAGAAGAAGAAGGAAACAAAGAAGGAAGGAAGGGAGGGGGGAAGGAAGGAAGGAAAGAUGGGAGGAAGUGUAGAUCUCAGCAGGCU